GAGACUAGAGAUAGACCGAGUUAAAAGGAAAGUACUCCGUAACUUAGUUUUGGUGAGUUUGGUGCUCCUUUGGCAAAUCAAUCAAAAGUUCAAAACAGAAGCGUUUGAACGCAAGAUGAUCGCAUAAUUUUCAUGGAUGAUCUCAACAAACAUCUGGUUUCACUACGAGGAGCAAGUUCGAAGGAAAUUACAAGGGUUGCCCUUCUUGAGAAGGUUUCCCAUGAAAGAGAGCUCCGGAAUUAUGCUCGGCGAGCUAGUUCCGCUGCUCUAUUUAUCCAGAGGGUUUGGCGGCGCUACAGUGUGACAAUGAGAGUGGCAUUAGAGUUUCAAAAAGAAUGGGAUCUCUCCAUACGUGAUGCUUCUAGGCCAAUGAGUAAAACAUGGAUUUCUUGCUAUUUAUUGAGGCCCUUCCUAUAUUUUAUCACCCAUUUAUCUCUCAGACGGCGCACUGUCCAAAGCCAGGCUGUGAACUCUAUGCGUAGUUGUUUUGUGAUAUUAUUGGAAAAUUUAAAUUCGACAGACUUAAAUAUAAAUUUCUGCGCUUUGGCAAUUGGUACAAAUGAGGAGCAACACAUGUGGAAUUAUCAAGGAAAGAAGCUAGUCUCUUUGUGCUCAUUCAUACUUGUGGAUUAUGAUAAUUACUCACUAGGGAGUAGUGAAGUUGUUGCUGUUACAGCAUUAUUGAUGCGUUUGGUUAUCACCCUUGCUGAUUCAAGGGGCUGGAAGUGCAUAUCUGAUGAAAAACAUGAGGAUGCAGACAGUGCAGUAAAGGGUUUGGUUAGAUUUAUUGGCAGUGACAAAAGUGGCCUGUAUAGAUCUGUUGGGAGGUACUUGACUAAGUUGAGUGCUUCUUCUAAUUCUUCACAAAGUGUUGUUAAGAAGGAUGAUAAGUUCUUGAUCACUGCCAGUGCAAUAACUUUAGUAUUGCGACCAUUUCUGGUAUUCAACACCGAUGAAAAGGAUUUUUUACCAGUAGAUGUGCAAUGUGCUGCAGAACAGUAUUGUUUAUUCAUACUUACAGUACCCUGGCUGGUUCAAUGUAUCCCAGCUGUGAUUCUUCGUGCUUUGAGUCAUAAAUCUACUUUACUGCCCUGCUUUCAGACUCUCCUGAUCUUAAAUAAAAAAAUCUUGAUGGAAUAUUCAAGGAUGGAUCUCUCUGGAGCUUUGCAUCCCAAUGAUAUACCCUGUGUUGGUUGGGCUCUUUCAAACAUUAUAAGCCUGGUAACAGGGAGAGAAAAUGGCUCCUCUGAAUCAAGCAGCUUUACUGAUGGUGUAGACAUUGCAGGAUAUGUUCAAGUUCUCAAUAUCCUUGCUGAAAGAUUCCUUACCGAGAUUGAGAAAAAUCGAUUUGCAGAAAAGGAAAGGCAAGAACUGUUGGAGGAUGGAAAUUCUUCUAGGAUGUAUAAAUAUAUGGCGGAAAUGACCUUUGGAUCCUUAAAUUACAUGGACCUUUUGAGACCUGUUUGUCAGCAGUGGCAUCUUUCAAAGCUCAUGGUCGCAGCAAAGAGCAGUGCUUUCACAAAUGAAAAUGACUCCCUUACUUCAAAGUCAGAUCUAAAACAGAUUAAAGUUUUGGAUCUGCUUGAUAUUGCUCAUUAUUACUCUUACAUGAUCAGAAUAUAUUCAGCCUUGAAUUUGAUGCUCGGCCCAUUACCAGUUCUUAAUAUGCUAUCUUUUACUCCUGGAUUUUUGGUCAGCAUCUGGGGAGCAAUGGAGCAUGCUCUAUUUCCUAAAGCCAUUCAAGCUUCUGGAGAUGACUUGUACCAUGCUACUGAAAUGGAUGGGAACAAGUCUGCUGGGAAUUCAAAGAGAAAACAAAAACAGCCUAGUAAAGAUGGAGCUGCUAAAUGGGUUAAUGUAUUUUAUAAAAUUAGUGGAAAAUCCCAGACAGAUGCAGAUAAUAGCUCUGUUGGGAUUGACAGUCAAACUGAAGACAGCCAGAUAAAGACCAAUCUGGAUGAUAUGUGGGAUGUAGAAUCUUUAAAAUGCGGUCUUGAAAGCAUUUCAAAGGAAAAACUAUGUCUAAUUCAUCUGUUUUGUGCCACAUAUGCACACCUGCUCUUGGUUCUUGAUGAUAUUGAAUUUUAUGAGAAACAGGUUCCUUUCUCCUUGGAGCAGCAGCGCAAGAUUGCAUCAAUGCUAAAUACACUUGUUUAUAAUGGCUUGCUUCAUAAUACAGAUCGGCAAAAUAAACCAAUUAUGGAUGCAGCAUCUAGAUGCCUACAAAUGCUAUACGAAAGGGACUGCAGACAUUGUUUUUGCCCUCCAUCUUUGUGGCUUUCACCAGCUCGCAAGAGUAGGCCUCCUAUUGCUAUGGCUGCCAGGACCCAUGAAGUUCAGUCAGAAGUCAGAUCAGAUGACAAUUUGACCUUUCCAAGCAUGGGUUCUUUUAUAACUGUGACUCCUCAUGUAUAUCCUUUUGAAGAAAGGGUUCAGAUGUUUAGAGAGCUCAUCAAAAUGGACAAGACUUCUCGCAGGAUGGCCGGGGAACUCAAUGCCCCUGGUGAGCGAUCCGUUGCGAUUGUAGUUCGUAGGGGUCAUUUAAUUGAAGAUGGAUUUCAGCAAUUGAAUUCUCUGGGAACAAGAUUAAAAUCAUCUAUACAUGUUUCAUUUGUUAGUGAAUGUGGUCUUCCUGAGGCUGGCCUGGAUUACGGUGGUUUGUCUAAGGAGUUCUUAACUGACAUUGCAAAGGCAGCGUUUGACCCACAGUAUGGACUGUUCUGUCAGACCUCAACUUCUGAGAGACUGUUAAUCCCCAAUACUGCUGCAAGAUUUCAAGAAAAUGGUGUCCAGAUGAUUGAAUUCGUUGGAAGAAUUGUUGGAAAAGCUCUGUAUGAAGAAAUCUUACUGGAUUAUUCAUUUUCACAUGUUUUUGUCCAAAAGCUUUUGGGCCGCUAUUGCUUUCUUGAUGAACUCUCUACCCUUGACCCAGAGCUGUAUCGAAAUCUGAUGUAUGUCAAGAAUUAUGAAGGUGAUGUUAAGGAACUUUCACUUGAUUUUACUGUCACUGAGGAAUUAUUGGGAAAAAUGCACAUCAUUGAGCUUAGACCUGGCGGCAAAGACACCAUUGUGACAAAUGAAAAUAAGUUGCAAUACAUUCAUGCUAUGGCAGAUUAUAAACUUAAUCGGCAGAUCUUGCCACUAUCAAAUGCAUUCUAUAGGGGAUUAACGGAUCUCAUUUCACCAUCAUGGUUGAAGUUGUUUAAUGCCAGUGAAUUUAAUCAGUUGCUUUCAGGUGGCAACCAUGAUAUUGAUGUUGAUGAUUUGCGGAAAAAUACACGGUAUACUGGUGGGUACUCUGAGGGAAGUCGAACAGUCAAACUCUUUUGGGAGGUCUUGGCAGGAUUUGAGCCGAAAGAACGGUGUAUGCUUCUUAAGUUUGUUACAAGUUGCUCACGAGCUCCAUUACUUGGCUUCAAACAUUUGCAGCCAACUUUUACCAUCCAUAAGGUUGCAUGUGAUGUACCUCUUUGGGCAGCAUUUGGAGGACAGGAUGUGGAGCGGUUACCCUCCGCUUCUACAUGCUACAACACUCUAAAGCUUCCUACCUAUAAAAGAGCUAGUACAUUGAGGGCGAAGCUUCAGUAUGCAAUCAACUCAAAUGCAGGGUUUGAACUUUCUUGAGUGGUUUCGGUUGCUUACCAGUUCGUGAGAUGUGGUGAAAAAGAGAUUACCAUUUUCCAUGGGAUGUGCUAUAAUGUCUAGGAGAGGCUGGUAGAUGUCAAAGACCACCAAUUUCAAAUCCGAGUGUUUUGACUGCAAGUUCUGUGCCAUGCCAUUCAGUUUGCUGUUAAAUGAAACGGCAUCCUUGUUAAGCCUUGCUACGCAUUGGUUGCUUCCUCCUCCAAAGAGGGUAAUGGCUGCUGGCAAGCACCCCAUUGGCGGUAAGCUCGUUACUCCUAUCCUUCUUACUCCAAGUCCAUACAACGUCUGUAAAAGUAUAUCAAUAUUGAGUUAGUAUAGCUUUUGUUAGGCUAAAAGUGGAGUGAAAAAAGGAGUGUGUUUACCCUCAAAAGUGUUCAUUUGCUUUGAUGCUUUGAAACAACUUUUAUUUUUUUAUUCACCAACUAAUCCAGUGUGUAAAUUUUUGUGCAUUGUUAUUAUAUCUAUUCCAAAUUUAGUGCAUAUCUUAAUGGAGUAUUAUAUUUUUCAAAAAUA